AUGCCGACAAUCAAACAAGAAAUAGUUUCUGCUGCAUUGUGUUUCACUCAAACGUCUCUGCCAUACGAGGAGGCAUCUUUUCCAGCAUCAAUAAAUACCAGCGAGGCUAAGCUGGUGGAACAACUCUUCUUAGACUUCUCCGUGCAAGAAGUGCGUCAGAAUGAGAUGAAUGGGUUUCCAAUUGUCGAGCCAUGGGCUACCGAAUACCUCAAUUCUAUACGAGAUGGGAGGUACGGCGACGCAGUAUGGGCCCGUUAUCAUAUUGCAGGCGAGGUGCAUAGUGGUAUCAUCGACGGCACAAACAGAACCGUACUCGAGAUGAUCGAAGAAGAUGCUCUGGGCUACAAAGUGGGUGAUCCCGAGGUAUAUCACGAAGCUCUGUCGUUCUACGCCAAUACCAAUCCGGCGGAUGGGCAUCCGGGCGUGAUUGAAAUCAUUUUGCGCAUUGGAAAUCAAGAUGUCGACACGCUUCGUGCUUAA